CCUCGCUCACACUCUCAUUUCACACCAUCGCUACAUUCGCUACCUUUCACUGCUGUUCUCUACAAGUUUCGAUCAUUCGCUAAUUAAUCGUACUGACUGCAUUGCUAAUCUCUCUGUCAUUCAAUUAAUUUCCACUCGAAAUUGAUUUAUUGAUUUAUGGCUCUUCCUAAAUCAAACCCUAGGGUUUCAGCGUCCAUGAAGAUGAAAAGGGUCUCUGACGCUAUGAAGCCUCAGAAAACUGCCAUGGCCAAGAGAGGCUCCACUCUGAAGAAUAAGGCCGGCCGACUCUCGAAGCUGUGCGAUAUUGCCGUUUACAUGAUCGCUGUUGGUGCCGACGGCGAGAUCGACGCUUGGCCGGAAAUCCAACAAGAUUUGAAAUCAGUUCUACUCAAGUACAAGAAUCUGAAAAGGGGUUUUAAAGAUGGAAUUGAAAAGGGUCUGUUCUCCGUCGAAAAGGGUUUCUUGGAAAUUGUUGAUGAUCGAGAAAAUCGGGAUUUGGGUAUUCAAGAUAAUUGCUUGGGGGCCAAGUUGGAGUCUUUGAAUGAGAGGAUCGGAGCUGUGACGAUGAAGAUGAUGAGGGAUGACGGUAAGUGCAGUUUCAUGGACUUGUACAAGAAUAUCAUGGAACCAGAUGCAGCAGAUCAACAACAACUAUCAUCUCUUAAUCUUAAUUUGAAUCUUGAUCCAACUGAUCUCGUCGUACCCACACCCAAACCCAAUUUAAUUGGUGAGAUUAAUUUGAAUCUUGAUCCAGGUAAUGUCGUCAUACCCACACCCAAACCCAAUUUAAUUGGUCAAUUUCAGCAAGAUUAUCUUUCAUCAAUUCAUGAGCCAACUGUGGAUGCAAAUGAUUAUCUCAGUUUGUUAAUGGGUAAUGAUCAUCAUAAUGAUGUUGGUCUAAUGGAAGAUUAUCUGCAACUUUAUGAUCUUGAAUUGCCAGAAGAACCACAAGAGCAGCCGCAGCCGCAACCACCUUCUGUGCCAAGUGUGGAAAUUAGUGAUGAUGAUAUGAAGUUGCUAUUGAGUGAUUGUGAGAUUGGUUUGAUGGAAGAUGAUAUGCAGUUUUGUGAUAAUCUUGAUGAUUAUGAGCCAACUGUGGAUACUAUUUAUGAUUUUCUCAGUUGGGUAUUGGGUGAUGAAGAUCAAAAUGAUAAUGGUGCAAUGGAAGAUGAUGUGCAACCUCAGAGUACUAAUCAUAUUACUGAUGAUGAGCAUGAUGACAUUAGGUUGCUGUUGACUGAUUGUGAGAUUGGUUUGAUGCAAGAAGAUUUGCAAUUCUGUGACAAUGACUUGAGUGAUUUUUUGGCGCCUCUUGAAACCAUGUUGGUACAACAUCAGCCUCAUUUCGAGUUAAAUCUUAAUUUCUAGUCUUCAUCUGUAAUUUUAUGUUUUUCAGUAGCUUAGGUCAAAAUCUGUUGUUUUUCUGUUUGGUUGAUUGGAUGGCCAUCUCAGUAUCAAUCCUUAUCAACCAAAAUCUGAUGUAAAUUCUGCAAUAUUAGACCAGAUUAUUCUAUGUUUUUCUUUGUACAGCUCAAGUGAAGAGCUUUUGGUGUA